GUAAAAGGAUCAUGCAGCAACAUCAUACAGCAACACUUUAAGAAGAAGUAGAAGAAGAAAUAAACAAGCUAAAUUUGAUGAUUUAAUAUUAUGUCAGGUUCAAAGUCAGCAGUUAGACUGUGACUCUGUUGCAUAAGUGUUAUUGAAGAUAACAUGAACUGCCUUGAACUUCCUCCUCAUUCAAAGCGACAUGCUGAGAGAAGCAUGCUUGAGGAACAUGCUUACUCAAGAUACAGAGUGGAAUAUUUCCUUUGCUGGAUGCGGGUUUUUGGGAAUUUAUUAUUUUGGAGUGUACAGUUGUCUGUUGGAACGGGCUCAACACCUAAUUAAAAGUACCAGAAGAAUUUGCGGUGCUUCAUCAGGAGCGCUGAUAGCAGCUAUGAUAGUGUGCCAAAUGUCACCAGCAAAGUGCUGUGAAAAUCUGAUGGCAAUAGCCAAAGAGGCUCGAAAAGGCAUGUUGAGUUCCAUGCAUCCCUCCUUUAACCUGCUGAAGUUAACCAGGCAGCUGAUGAUCCGAGACCUGCCUGAUAAUGCUCACCUUCUUGCCAGUGGGAAACUGUUUGUGUCGCUCACACGGCUUUCAGAUGGGAAGAACGUGCUGGUGUCUGAGUUCACCAGCAGAGAUGAUCUCAUCCAGGCUUUAUUUUGUAGCUGUUUUUUCCCUGUUUACUGUGGAGUGGUGCCACCUUGCUAUCAUGGCACUCACUAUGUAGAUGGUGCUUUGAGUGAUAGCACUCCAUAUUCCAGUCUGAAGAAUACCAUCACUGUCUCACCUUUCUCUGGUGAAAGUGACAUCUGUCCAGAUGACAACCCAGUCUACUGCCAGGAAGUGAGACAUUGCAAUAUGAGCAUUAAUGUCAACUUGGCUAAUGUGCACCGUGUAAUCCAAGCGUUUUUCCCACCAGAACCUGAGGUUAUGGCAGAGAUCUGUAACAAUGGAUACAAAGAUGCGCUCGUGUAUCUGAAAGAAAACGAUCUCUUAGAACAUGAUUCAUUUAUCACUGAAUUUAUAGCAAAUCACAAACUGAACCGAUCAACGAGAGGAAAGAGCUCUGUAUUGGACAAAAACCUGCUGCCUGUGCCCGUCCAGAAAGUCUUUUCUGAUGCUAGUACAAAGAAACAUGGAAGGAAGCGUGAACUGUUUGCAUUGAAGUUGCUCACAUCCAUACUGAUGGUGUGCAUUUUGCCUUUAGAGGUCGUCGGCUUCAUUCUUCUGAGACUCGCUAGCUGGAUGGUGGAGAUGGCAUCUGACCUUCUGCGGAGAUACAGAUGGAUGAAACUGUCCAGUUAAAGGUAUAACUGACCAGAUCAUCGACAGUCCACUAUCAUGUCUACGUCUGCUCCUGAUUCGUUUUUUUGGAUCGGGGUAACAGUAAAAAUUUACACAAAGCACAAAUGUAUACUAGGCAGCAAAGCAGAAAAAGGAAAUAUUUACAAAUGUGCACCCACCUUCUUCUUCUUCUGAAGUGUUUUUGUCCUUAGUAAUGUAAUUGCAAUGAGAAAUAAAGAACUAAUUGUGCUGAAGAUACAUAUUACACCUGAAUAAGUUGAGCACGAUAAAAUUUUAAUAGAGGAAAAAUGUAAUCAUGUGUACAAUAAGAGCAACAAAAUAGCACCAAGAGGGUUUUAUAUAAACAGUAAAAGCACAGUAAAUCAAAGCUUUUCAAAUUUCACACAGUACCAUGCGUCAUAAAAAUGGUGUGUUACAGUACUUGAGAAGGCGGCGUGACCAUCUUGACUUUGUAAAUUCAUGUCACAGGAGACAACUACUCCACAAAUACCAAUAAACACCACCAGCAGUCA